AUGUCUCCAUAUAAAAUUAAAAGAUUCAUUGAUACUAGUACAUUAUCAACAUUAUCUUCUUCAACAAUAAUAUCACAAACACCAUCGACAACCUCUUCAUUAACAUCAACAACUCCGCAAUCAACAUUACAAUUAACAGAUCCGAUAGACAUUACAAAAGAAGUCUUAAAACCUACAUUUUCAAAUGAUGAACAAGAAAUUAAAGAUGACGAAAAGGUUCAAGAUAAAGAUGAAAUAAUAAAUGUUAUAUUGAAAAGAACUCCGACUACCUUUUCAGUAUUUAAAGAAAUGGUUGAAACUGAAGUUGACAACACAUUUAUCGAAAAAUCUGAUGGUAAUAUAAACAGUAAUGUUAGUAACCCAAAAGAACAAUCAUUGUCAAAAGAUCAAGUUGAUAAUCCUAAAACUUUUUCAUUCAAUCCUUUCAAAAGAAAAUCAUCAUCAAUUAAAUCAAUUAAUAAUAAUGUAGAUAAUAGCAUUUUUUAUGCUUCCAGAACAAUUAGUAGUUAUAAUAAUAAUAUAUAA